GGUGGUUUUCCGGCUGCCUUCCUACUGUCUCGGUUAGUUCAGCAAACGGAGCAGGGGGGUAAAUGGCUAAAGUUGAGCUGACACCGCUCAGACCGUGGGACGACUUCUUCCCCGGGUCGGAAAGAUUCGCUAAACCAGAUGUGAAAGAUUUGGCGAAAUGGAACAACAGAGUUGUCAGCAACCUGCUUUACUAUCAGACAAAUUAUCUGGCUUUAGCCGUCGUUGUUUUCCUCAUUGUCGGGUUCCUGAACCCUCUGGGGAUGUUCACUGCCAUGGCUGUGGUGUCGGGCGUCUUCCUGGGUUCAGUGUGGGCUGGAGAGAACAGAGCUGUGAUCAACAACUUUAAGAGGAAGAAUCCCACAGCAUUUUUGAUCGCUGUUAUGGUCGCCAGCUACAUCUUAAUUUCUAUGAUGGGGAGUGUCAUGGUGUUCAUGUCGGCAAUCACUUUACCUCUGGCUUUGAUAUUUGCACAUGCUUCAUUUCGCCUCCGCAACAUGAAGAAUAAACUGGAGAACAAGAUUGAAGGUGCUGGACUGAAGAGGUCACCCAUGGGCAUUUUGCUGGAGGCUCUAGGUCAGCAAGAAGAAAACUUUCAAAAGAUCCAGAGCUUUCUGGAGGGAAAACUGAAGGAGUGAUUGGAUUUGAGUGAUUGGAAACGUUCAUCUUUUGGCCCAAAGAUCUUGACUUUUUUCUUAGAUGUAACAAAUUUCUGUAUCUCUCAGUUUAAAACCUCUUAAAAUGUGUUUCCUUUACAAUGUGUUUACCUGUGUGUGUUUUGAAAAGAAGGUUUGUUAUCUGAAGGGGUUUAUCUUUACCUCAGGGUUAUCUGUCACUCCUCCCAGAACUUGUCAGGGCACUUUUCUCAAACAACAGUGAGGGCAUCUCAGUGCUGCCUCACAUCUCUUCUAUGCAAUGUGUCAGUGUUCAACACAGCUGCGGGCUCCUUCCUCAGUAUGAAAUCUGUGUUUAAUCAGUCUCAGAAAAAACCAUCAGUCCUGCCAGUUUAUGCUCAACUAAAAUUGUGAAAGCAAUGCAAGAGUUGCCUUCUAACAAAGAAAAAAAAAUGUGCAUACUCAACACACAUCACUGCCAAGGUACUCCAAAGACUGGAUUGUCUCCUCACAUAAAUGUAACAGUUUACUUGAGUGCACGUUUGAAUAGAAACCAUCUAACCUCAUGUUCAUGCAAAUAAAAAGAGCCAGACAAAAGAGAAAGCCUGAGCUAUGAAGUA